CCGCAAUAAGCGAAACUGGAAUAGUUCAGGUUGCACAUACCGGUACCCUUCCUAGAGGGAGGAGGCUUGGGUCCGAGGCCAACCAUAUUGGGCUAUGACAGUUGCCGUUGCUGUUGCCUUUGUCGAUGUUUGUUGUGCGGUGUUUGUUGGAAGUCAGGUUGCUGUCUCUCAGUUUAACGAUGCUGUUAAUCCAACAAGAGCAGGGAUUCUCCUCACCUUCUCUCAGAGCACAAAAAGCAACUUGGAGGGCCGAAGUAGGAGCAAUGUUUACCCCGCACUCACCCCCAACACAGCUGUGUGCAAUGGGAGGAGCUCGUGGAGACGGAGCUCCCCUUUGGGGUUAGGGUUAACUAUGGUUGGUUGCGAGUAGCCCCUGAACACAACGCUCGAUUUGUUGACAACCUCGUCUACCUAGGUAGUCAUAUCUAAACAAAAAGCUACCUAUUACAGAAUAGCUACGCUAUCCCUGAGUACCAAUUGCGGUUUA